AUGGCAGUUCAAGGGUUAUCUCUCGCUGUGCCAUCGGGAGAAUGCUUCGGCAUGUUAGGGCUUAAUGGUGCAGGAAAGACCUCCUUCAUCAAUAUGAUGACUGGGCUACUGAAACCAACAUCUGGGGCAGCUUUUGUUCGAGGUUUAGACAUAUGCAAGGAUAUGGACAGAGCAUACACUAGCAUGGGUGUAUGCCUGCAGCACGACUUGCUAUGGGAGACGCUUACUAGAAGGGAACAUCUGCUCUUUUAUGGGAGACUUAAGAAUCUCAAAGGAUCUGAUCUCAACCAAGCUGUAGAAGAGUCUCUUAAGAGUGUCAACCUAUUUCGCGAUGGAGUUGCUGAUAAACCUGCUGGAAAAUACAGCGGAGGUAUGAAAAGGCGGCUAAGUGUAGCCAUUUCACUUAUUGGGAGUCCUAAGGUUAGUACACCGCUUACCCUUCUCUUGAUAAACUAUUAA